AUGAAGCUCUCUACUUUCUUUGUCUCUAGUGCUCUUCUCUUCUCCGUCGCCAUCGCGCGCCCCUCGCGUCUCGCUGAGCGUGUUGCUGCUCGUGAAAGCCGUAGGUCAAGGCCUUUCACCGCCAGCACUAAUGCUGCUAUCGCUAGCAGCAAUGCCACCCACGCCGAGUUCAGUACGAACUGGUCUGGUGUUGUCAUCGAGACCCCGCCCUCUGGACAGACUUUCAGCAAAGUCACCGGUACUUUCGUCGUUCCCACCCCCUCUGGCAACAGUGGAGCUGCCUCUGCGUGGGUUGGCAUUGAUGGAGACACUGCCUCGCAGUCUAUCCUGCAAUCUGGUGUCGACUUCACUAUCAGUGGAGGACGUGUAACCUACGACGCCUGGUUUGAAUGGUUCCCCAACUUCGCCACUGACUUCUCUAACUUUGCAAUCUCUUCCGGAAACACCAUCACUGUGACUGUCCAGUCAACGAGUUCCACCAAAGGAACCGUCACCUUGACUAACGAGAGCACCGGUAAGACUGUCACCCAAGCCCUUUCCGCUCCCGAUAGUGCUGCUGCUCUUCGUGGGCAGAACGCCGAAUGGAUUGUUGAAGACUUCGAGGAGGGUAACAGCCUCGUUCCUUUCGCCAACUUUGGAACUGUUGAGUUUACUGGUGCUUCUGCUUCCACGAGCUCUGAGACCCUCACCCCUGCUUCCGGAGUGAUCUUGGACAUUGAGCAGAACGGAGAGGUCCUCACCAGCGUUACUUCCAGUGGCAGUACCGUUACCGUCAAACACACUUGA